AUGGCAUCUACGGAUAUGACUGCAGGCUCAAUGUUUCAUUUAUCUGCUGUACUAGUGGGUCACUCUCAAGAUAUGGAUCUGGUUGUUGUCCGUCCGAUAGAAUCUGAAUUGCUGUUCAUCUUGCUGUCAUACAUUCUAAAGGUCAAGGCUAUUGCUUCGUUAGAUGAAGAUACCCUGGUCUCUGCGUCCAGAGACAGACAGGUUAUUGUAUGGCAACGACUUGUUAAAGGAGAAGCUUCGUUUGUUCAAAAAGCAGUCUUUACUGGUCACAGUCACUUUGUUAAUUCGCUUGUGUGUGUUCCUGCGAAUGAAAAGUAUCCAAAUGGUCUGAUCUACAGUGGUGGAUUCGAUAAAAUCAUUUAUGCAUUCGAUCCUACUCGUAUCGAUGAGCCAGUGUAUAAGCUUACUGGUCAUACUGAUAAUGUGUGUAGUUUAAGUCUCGCUGACAAUGGCGAUGUACUGUCAGGAUCGUGGGACAAAACUGCAAAGGUUUGGCGCGAUGGAGUUCAAGUCUUUACCUUGAAAGGUCAUACACAGACUGUUUGGAGCGUGCUUGCACUGUCGUCUGAUACGUAUCUUACAGCUUCGGCUGACAAGACCAUCAAGUUUUGGGUCGGAUCUAAAAAUACAAAAACUCUUACUGGUCACUCUGAUGUUGUUCGUAGUCUUACUCGAGUCCCAAAAAUCGGAUUUGCAUCUUGUUCAAACGAUGGAUCCAUUCGAAUUUGGAAUUUCGAUGGUGAUCUUCUGUCUGAAUUAUAUGGUCAUACAUCCUUUGUAUAUAGUCUGGAUCUUCUUGGCUCGGGUGAACUAGUGUCUGGUGGAGAAGAUCGAACUAUACGAAUUUGGAAUGAAUCCGGUUUGGUUCAGACCAUGACUCAGCCAUGCAUUUCUAUUUGGUGUGUGGCAACUAUGCCCAAUCAAGAUAUUGCUACUGGAGGAAACGAUGGCAUUGUUCGAAUAUUUACUCGCACAGAGAAGCGAUAUGCAAGCUUGGAUAUCAUCAAGGCUUUUGAUGAGUCAGUUGCCGCUACUGCUAUUUCUUCAAAUAGUGUUGGAGAUGUGGAUAAAUCUAAACUUCCUGGUCUCGAAGCUCUCACUGUACAUGGUACAAAAGAUGGUGAAGUCAAGAUGGUUCGAAUCGAAAAUACGGUCGAGGCUCAUCAGUGGAAUGCUGCUGAAGCUCAAUGGAUCAAAAUUGGAGAAGUGAUGGAUGCCAUUGGCAAUUCACGCAAGCAGAUAUAUAAUGGCAAGGAAUAUGAUCAUGUGUUUGAUGUAGAUAUUCAAGAAGGUGCUCCUCCUCUUAAACUUCCUUACAACACUGGUGAUAAUCCUCUCCAGGCUGCACAAGAUUUUAUUCAAAAAAAUGAUCUUUCGCCCAAUUAUUUGGAUCAAAUUGCAGAGUUUAUUACCAAGAACUCUACUGCAGUCACUCUUGGCGUAGACCCUGUACCAUCUCAUUAUGUAGAUCCAUUCACUGGCGGAUCUCGGUAUGUCUCUAACGAAGCUAGUGCCGCUGUUUCUGGUACUCCAUCUGCUCACGCUAUUGGAUCUAAAUCAAGCAAUGGGUCUAACCUGAUUCCCAUGCGCAGCUAUUCGUUUUUUAAAGUCAUCAAUAUUAAAGCUGCAUUAAGCAAGAUUUUACAGCUAAACAGCGAAAUUGAAAAAUCAAUGGAAUUUGGAGAGGUUUGCAUGAAACCAGAACAGGAAAAGCAUCUUGAAAAGCUUGUUUUGCGUAUUGAAGCAGGAAAACUUGACGAUUUUGAUGCUACUGAUUUUAAAAUUCUAUCACUUUUGGCAUUUGAAUGGCCCGAAGCUCAUCGAUUUCCUGGCAUUGAUCUAUUCCGAGUGGUCGUAUUACAUACCACUGCACCACUUCAGCUUGAUUCAGAUUUUGUCUUUACUAUUUUGCGUGCUGCCCAACUUCCUGUUCAAGAUGUUACUUUGCUAACCAAAUCACAAGAAACAACUGUCAUGCUUGCACUGAGGGCAUUGUCUAAUUUGUUCUCCAAAGCAGAUUUCCGCACUGUACUGUACCGUCAACGCCAACAGAUUUUGAAUCAAACCUCGGAACUUGCCAAAAAGGCUGACAACAAAAACCUGCGUGUUGCAUUGGCCACACUCUACCUCAACAUGGCAGUGAUGGUAUGUGAAAACGAAACAACUUUUGAUGAUGCGUUCUCGGUAGAUCUUCUUGAAAUAUUGUCCAAGAUGAUACAUACAGAAACAGAUGGCGAAGCACUAUUUCGCGAACUUAUAGCAAUCGGAACUAUUAUUUCCAACAGCAAGGAAGCUCGCGAAGCUGCUAUUCUUUUGGAUAUGAAGAGCUCAAUCAAGCAUGUUUCCAAGGUUACGAGCGAACACGAGGCUAAACUGCAAAAGGCCGAAACUGAAUUGAUGGCGUAUCUAAACUGAUAAAACGCAGGUUUCUGGUGAAAACAGUCUUGAAUAAACUGCUUUUUC